AUGAAUUAUGAAAUGUCAGUCGGUGCAUUUGUCAAUUUUGUCAUUUUCUUUCAUCUCGUUUUACUAAAUUAUAUGAAUUUGAAGUGGAAUUCAGUGCCAAGAACAAUGCUUUUUUAAUAAAUGAUGGCUCAAAACUUACAGAAGAAGCCCUCAAAGGGUAUACUAAAAACGUCUCGAAGUGUCGAUCACCAGGACGGGACGCCUUCCACCAGCAAGCGGGCGAAGGAGCAGAGGUUCGACGAAAUGAAUAUAAUGGAGACAUUUCAUCCUGCGAAUAAGGAUUACGGGCAUAUGAAGGUAGAUGAGCCUAAGACGCCUUAUUCGGAGGCUAUAGAUGGAGAUUUGGAACCGGCGGACGAGUUAGACGCGAACAUCCUGGCAGCGAAGCUUGCGGCGAGCAUGAACAAGCCGCCGAAAUGUGUGGAAUCGUGUGACAGUGAUGAUGAGGAGGAGUCCGAGGAGGCGCGCCAGCGGAGACUUGAGUUCGAGAAGAAGAGAAAAAUACACUAUAACGAAUUUCAGGCGCUGCAGCUGGCGCGGCAGCUGAUGGCGCAGGAGGAGGACGAGGAAGACGACGACAAGGCGGGAACCGCCACCUGACUGCAGCGUCUCACCACGCGCUAAGUGUUCACCUGGAUUCAGUAAAGAAAGUUCCAGCUUAGCAGACAAUAUUGCAACAAGUUGUUAUUAGUAAAUAAUUAAAUGCCAUCGGAUAUAUGUUCCUAUGGCAGAAAUGAAAUCAUAAGUGCUUGCAUUAUUAUUAAUGAUGAUAAUUUUAUUUAUUGUAAUAAUGGUCCAAGAUUUCAGGUACCGCCAGACAUUACUUAUUUUCUGAGAAAUUAAAUGUGUGCUGCAGAGUAGUGCUAGUGGGUACCUUUAACAGACCCAUAUUAGUUUGUAUGCUAACCACCAAUUUCAAGAUAUCAGCUGCAAAAACAUUACUCACUUUUCUUAAAGCCUGGGUGCAGACAUUUAUAUAUAUUUCUUGAGUAUCAUAAUAUGAAAAUCACAAUUCAGACUUACUUAACAAGAUUAUUUUUAAUCUUACUUAUAGUCUGAGUUGUAAUUUUGCGAGCUUUAAAGCGUCUCGCGGAAAUUGCCGCCAUGGGGAGGGUCUGGCAGUAUUGAAUAUUAAUUAAUUAUUAUUAACAAUAAACUGUACAUGUACAACAUACCUAAAAAUCAGCAUUCAGACUCUAAGAAAAGUGAGUAAUGUUUUUACAUAGGUAACUAUAAAAUACUACACAGGCUAGUAGAUAUGCGUACGUUAAAUAGUACAUACUAACACUAGUCUUUUGAUUCUCAGAAAAUAAGUGAGGUCUGGCGGUCCUAGGACCUUGCUCUAUAUAAUUUUUGGGCUCCACAAGAGUUGAAACUGCUGGGUGCUUAGUAUGAGAUUUUAUAUCUCACAAACGUUAAUGCAUUCGUGAAUAAUGUCAGAGUAAAAUGGACCUAAAUGUUGUUAACUUAAAGUCACGAAUCCAGUACUAUCGAUUUUAUUUCGCAAUGUUGCCGCUUGGACAACUUGAGCUUUAAAAACAAGGUGGUUAAGGUCCAUUUUACUUCAACAAUGAAGUAUUUCGACGGUCAUUCAUGGAUUACUUUUUAACUACUACUUAACCAGCUUCCCAGCACUAAUUUUUCAUUGCAGUGUCAUCAUCUUUCACCAUAGCACUGAAUUUUUAUGUUGUCUUGGUUACAUGGUUAUAGCAUAAAUUAUGUACCUAAUUGCUUGAAAAAUUAAUUAUCAGCCAAUCGGAAGCUGCUGUCAUAGAAUUCAUACUUUUACUUUGUUGCGAUGUAUUUGUAUGUAGCAUGACAGAUAAGUAUGUUGGCAGAAAACCAGAUUUUUGACUAUGUACCUUCUAUUUGGUAGGUACUUGUAUAUUUAUACAGGGCGCAAAUUAUGUAACUUGAAUGAAUUCAUUGCAUCAUGUCUACUAGGUAUUACGUGCUGUAAACUAUUUUUUUUUUGAGUUGUUUGUUCUGAAAGUCAGCAAUGCAUUGGCGGUUCCUCUGGUGAUGGGUCGUAAAUGUUCAUGGGCGGCGAUAAUCAUUUAAUUAUCAGGUGUCCCACCUGCUCGUUUGCUCACUAUUCUUGUCCAGAAUCUAGAUCCAAAAACUCAUAUCUCGAACAAAACCCUGGAUCAAAAUAUGUGCUUUAAAUCGCGGGCUUAAAUCUGACGGGUAGAUUUAGACAAACUGUUAGCACAAGAUUUGCUCUGGGAGGGGAAAGAGUAAAAAUAGUAGAAGCGACUAUUACCGAUGUAUUUCCAGUUACAGAUGCGACCUUGCGAUGAGAUAAUAGUUGUGGGAAGGAUCAAUUGUUCUUAGUCACCGCGUAACACACGUUUAGCAAGUUUCUUAGGGUUGCCACCUUUCCUUUUGGCAGUUACUUUUUCCUGUUAAAAGGAUGGGCCAUAAAAAGCUAGCCAAAAGGCAGACAGACACAUACUUUCGCAUUUAUAGUAAUUAUUCAUAUGAAAGUGUGGAUUGGGAUAAUAUGAUCAUGAGAGGGGAAAACGUGUGGAUAGAUACUGUACCCGGCAGUACAUAUUACACAUCGAGCUUUAGAAAGAGAUGAUUGACAGCUUCGGCUUCGUAGAGCGUCGUCUCUGUCGCUCAUACCUAUGUAAUGUUUUGUCGCUGACUUGUCAGUCUCAACGAAAAAGGCGACGCCCUACAAAAUCGACGUUGCCGAGUAUAAUCGAGCUUUAGAAAGAGAUAGUUAACUUUCUAAAGCCCGAUGUGUAAAUGUGACUGUCAGGUACUUUUUACUUCACACACUUUUUCCAAUAAAUCCUACGCUAUUUUAAGACCAGAACUAGCGUCAAACAAUAAAUUAAAUUGUGUAACUAAAACAAACGCAAAGAAAUGUAAUACUACAAAGUUGACAACCCUGGAUUUAUUCAGUUUAGGUGCCACACGUCUCACGUUAC